AGGCUAUUACAGAAUGACCUUGCACUGAGCCUUUGUGGAAGAAGCAAAAUUUAAACAUCAGUUCUUCAAUGUGCAUCCUUCUAUUCAAAUUUGAUCCCCGACCAGUUUCAAAAAAUGCAUACAGGCUUAUUCUAGCAGCUAAUAGAGAUGAAUUUUAUCACAGACCAUCGAAAUCAGCAGAUUUUUGGGACAGCAGCAAUGAGAUCCUUAGUGGUCUGGAUAUGGAGGAAGGAAAAGAAGGUGGGACGUGGCUGGGAAUCAGUAAGAAAGGCAAGAUGGCUGCCCUGACAAACUAUAUGCAGCCAAAGAUCGAUAAAAAUGCAAAAGGAAGAGGUGCUCUUGUAACAAACUUCUUGACUGCAGAUCUGGACAGCUACUCUUACUUGAAGAAAGUUUCAGUAGAAGGACACCUUUACAAUGGAUUUAAUUUAUUAGCAGCUGACUUGAAUACCACCAAAGGAGACAUAAUUUGCUACUAUGGAAACAAAGGAGAACCAGAACCUGUUUUCCUAAGUCCUGGAAUAUAUGGAUUGAGUAACUCUUUGUUGGAUACACCAUGGAAGAAACUUCAAUAUGGGAAGCAGCUUUUCACAGAAGUGAUCAAGAGAAGUCAAGACCUAACCAAAGAAGACUUGGUGCAGGAGCUUCUUACAGUGAUGAAUAAUCAAGAGCCCCAAUUACCAGACCCUGCGAUUGAAGACCAAGGGAAGGAUUAUAUACGUCCCAUACUGAACAAGUAUGCAGCUGUAUGUGUUCGUUGCCCAGGUUAUGGAACAAGGACUAACACGGUCAUUCUCAUUGAUUCAGAAGGACGGGUUACAUUCACAGAGCGCAAUAUGAUCAACGCAGAUGUCAACCAGUGGAAAACAAGCACCUAUGAAUUCAAACUGCACGCUUGACAACUUUCCAUUUGAGUGGUUUGUAAUAAAAGCAAUGAGAGAACAAGCCAUUAAGCUCUAGUAAAUGUUUUGUGCCAGCCUCCACAAGCUAAAAAUAGCAAGGAAAGCAAAAGUUAAACCAACUGGUAGCAUGCCCUAUCAGGCUCACAAAUCCUUGGGAUAAAACCACAAAUAAGAAACUGGGUUUGCAUUAAGUAGAAACUU